AUCAAAGUUAUGUGCCGUUAGGUCACUUGCUGUUCUGUUGCCGAUUGGAUAAGUCAAUAUGUGGACGAAAGCCUUCCUCACCCUCAUAGGCGUGUACAUGGUCUACACGGAGACCAACCAAUCACAGCUUGAUAACGAGAAACUGCCAAUCAUGACCGACAGAGGGAGACAGGAGACACCGGAAGUGGUGCUGCAGUUAAAAUACGAGGAAGGGGAGCUGAAUAAGAUAUACCUGACGCAGUUCAGGAAAGAGCCGAAGAGCUUAACACCCCCAGUGCCGGCACAGAACGCGCUGUGUGUGGACCUGUGUCACGGGGGUCUGGGGGGUGAAGUGUGCGGUUCCACCUGUGAAAAGAUGGUCCCGGUUGGUCUCCAGACGGCUUUGAACAACAAAAACAGCACGGAUGACGAGUACGGCCAGCCAAGGGUCGGGGUGUGCCCUGUACUGUGUAGAAACGGCUUAGGCUCACCGCUAUGUCACUGUUCAAACGACUCGGUAGCGCCCACAGAUUGGAAAGCCGUGUGUAACGUGUUCUGUGACGUGGACGAUUACGAGUUAAGAGGGUGCCCCAAAUGCGAAAAGACCGAUUCACCGCGCCAACUCCUGAACUCCGGCAUGAUGGCCCUUGAUACAGCUCAAGGUUGGAGAUUCUGGUGUAACGUACAGUGCAGGCAAGGCCACGGUGGAGCUGCCUGCAACUGUGACAGAGCCCCGUUUCAGUAGACCAAAAGACCAGAAGACCAGGACACCGAUAGACCGAAAAGAACGAGUAGACCAAGGGAUGCGUUAACGUGUUUAUUGAUUACCUUUAAUUUUUAUUAACACAUAUAUAUUUUGUUGGCACAGUCUUUAAAUUAUCUUUAUAUAAGUGUUAUAAUUUCUUACUUUUUACAAUUCAAAUUAUCAUUUAUUUUUUGUCAUUCAUUUAUUUUAUUUUUUAUAGAAAAAAUAUUAUUGUAAACUAAAUAUACGAUUCGUAUUUAAGGCUUUCACAAUGCAUGAACAGAUUUCGUUGACGUUUAGGUAAGUUAGUAGAUUAGAAUAAGGAAUGUACAUAUAAAAAGAUACUGUGCAAAUGACAAUAUUAUCAUAGAUAUGGAAUUAUUAUUCCUAUAUAAUCUUAGGGAAUUAAACUUGUUUUCAUUUUAUUUUUUCUUUUUAUUUUUUUCUUUAUUCAUUUUUUUUUUUUACCUACCAGUCAAUUAAGUCGGAUCUAAAGUAUUGAUCGGGACAAGUUUAUUUGACUCCCUAAAUUUUUCAAUUUUAACAAUGGCGGUAGUGUUCGUAGUGGGAAAAAUUUUUGAAAAAAAAAAUAGUUCAGUGUCGUUCA